UUUGUUGCUUUUUUUUACUUUUAUGAAUAAAUAUGUAAAUUAAUUGCCAGAUUAAUUUGUCAUUUUCACAAAGUUAUUAGCUUGGGAAUUAGGAAAAAUGUUUACCAAUACGAAGAGCAUUGUUGCUUCCGCAAAUCGGCUUGGUGCAAUAAAUGCAUUGUGCUAUAGAAAAGAAAUAAAUGAUAUUGGUACUUUCAGUGGCUUAAGGAAGUUGCACACAACAACCAUGCACCCGAAUAAGGCACGCGUUGCUACAUUACCACUUCCGAAUAACAUCGAUCCAGCUGAGACUACUCGUUUUUCUCCAAAUCGUACUAGGGAUAUAACUGGUCCAGUAAUACUAUCACAACAAGCUCAAUCAAAGAUAGAUAUUACUACGGAUAACUCAAUAACUGCAGCAACUACAUCGUCCACUAGCAAUUAUGGUGUACAAGAUCCACAUGUACAAUCGUACGAUUGCUUCGGAGCAGUUAGCCUAAACGCAGUUAUGCAAAGUAAUGUUCCCAAUCCUUAUGGUGGCAUGCACAAGUUCUCGCAUUUAAAUAUGCCUGGCGGUCAGUGGUCACAAGAGGGUAAAUUCAUGUCAAAUAAUUUACAUAACUCACAUUACACUAAUUUGCGUAAGGAUGUACGUUCCGAUUGGCUGACUUAUGAUCAGGAUUACACUAUUGAUAAGAAAGAGUCUACCGCAAAAGCAACAGCAGCAACAUCUAACAUACCAAUGAAUACAUUUGUAAAAUUAACGCAAAUUAAGGACAAACGUUAUUAUUGUACCAAAGUUGAUGGAGACAAACCAGCGCCACCAAUUGUACUGAGCAAAAAGGAGCAAUUGAAAAAGGCAUUUAAAGACUAUGGCUCCACUGUGAUAAUAUUUCAUGUAACCAUAUCGUUAGCCUCGCUUGGCGCCUGUUACCUACUAGUAUCUGGCGGAAUAGAUAUUGUGCCUUUAUUGGAACGUCUAGGUUUUGCAUCGACAGCGCUUACGAAUAAAAUAACAACGGGUGCAAGCACUUUUGUCAUUGCAUAUGCCAUACAUAAAGUAUUUGCGCCCGUACGCAUAAGCAUUACGUUGGGUGCCACACCGUUUAUAGUACGAUUUAUGCGAUCCAAAGGUUAUAUGAAGCCACCAAAAAUAUAAAAAAAAAGUUUAAAUAAAUAUUUUUCUUAUUACUAACACACUGACACACACGAGAUACAUAUAUAUAUUGUACUAUUGUGCUAAAAGCAAAAAAAAAAAAAA